UGGAAGCACACUUUUCUCUUUAAUGUUACAUACUCACUGAGUCCAAGUCAGGAUCAGGUUCGAAGCUAGAAUAUGUUCUUUGAAACGGGGACAUAUGGAAAUUGGAUAAAACGAAAUAUUUUACUGUGUUUUAUUUUUUAGCAAUUUAGAUUUUGGAAUCUAGAUGUAAGAAAUAUGUUUUACUUGCCCACAUAUUGCAGAAACCAAUUCAUAUGCUAUCUCUCUUCAUUGCAGUAUCUAUUUUUACUGCCAGCUUAUUGCAGAGUCUUUAUUUAGCAGCCAGCUCAUGGUAUGGUUACGCAAUAGUAAGGCCAGGUAUAAUUAUAGAUAAAAAGUUCAGAAUAGGACGAGUUUGAACUGUUUUAUAUGGGGAGCUAAUUUUAUGAGUGUGCUGAUUGUUGGGAUCUAUUUUAGGAGAGCAUAACACUUUAGCCAUGUACAUAUUCCUCCACCGUGUCCUCACAGUGUCAGUGAACUACACUAGAAGUAGUAAUAAUUACCGUAUUUAUCCAGAAUUAAGCCCAUGUCUGAAAAUAAGCCCAUUUAUAUUUAUUGCAUUUCAGUAAAAAUGCCAGCAAUUGCUAUUUCAAUCUCCUGUAAUAAGCAUGACUCAUUCCUUUGAGUAAGAUUGACUUACUUGAGUUAAUUCCUUCUCUCUGAGUGGAGAAUAAAGCCAUGCACAAGUCCUCUCCAAGUGUUGCUGUCCUGGGCUGAUCAUGCUGCCUCUGUCCAAGGCCUGAAACCUAGAUCUUCCUUUCUCGUUCAAUAGUUCUCCUCCAUGCCACUUUGGUGCUCUGAGUAAGAUAUUAUGUAUUAAACCCCUGGGCCAUUUGUAGUGUGGCAGAUUUUAAUUGUACAUGUAUAGGAUUAAGGUCGCCUUCUAGCUUCGAGCUAGAGGGAAUUUCCCUUUAGCUCAGAGGUAGAGCGUCUAACUUGGAACCUGGAGAUCAAUGGUUCAGGGUUCGAUCCCCGGUGGAAGCCACUAUUCUCUUUCCUGUUACAAAUGGUGUCCAUGGCCCUCCCUGUGGUGACAUGGAAGAAGAACAUGGGUUGUUGUAUUCGAUGGCGAUAAAAAAAGGGGAAUCUGGAGAUCGAGGGUUCUAUCCCUGGUGGAAGCACACUAUUCUCUUUCCUGUUACAGUAGGAUAAAUACAGUAUGUGGAAAUACAGUUAGAUGUAUUAACAUCAGUAUAGUAGAAUUGAACUCUGACGUUUUACUCAAUAUUGGUUGAUUCUUCAAUGUGUCGUAUUAAGUUUUCAUCAGAUUAGAAAACAUAGAAUAUCAAAUUUCAUCAUUAGAGUGCAGACAGAAGUGUCCCAUUUGUCCAGUGAACUGUGGCGUAUCGGGAGCCUGCCCCGUGGUCGUCCUGUAACAGCUUUGCUUUAGUUGAUAAACAUUCAUUGGCACUUUUACGGCAUUCAAACAUUUUAUGAUUUUUCAUGUCAAGUUUAAAUUGUUUUCUGUUUUUGCCCGUGGAGUGUUAUUGUAUCUCUGUCUCCACCCAGGAAUGCCACCACCGGCUUGUUUUGUUAUAGACAUGGUUUGUGCUAUUGUCUGUUGGAUUUCAAAGUCAAUAUGAUGAGUUCUACAUAAAGGGAAGCUCAGCAUCUAGUCAGAGACUAGUCCAGAUCAAGGAUGUGGAGCGUCCAAUGUUGGAUCUGAGGGUUGUUGGAACAGCUUGCACUCUUCAACAUCAACAGCUUGUCAUGUUUAUCUUUGCUGUGUGUCAUGCGAGGAAUGAUGUUAUUGCGGAGAUGAAUACGGACACAGGUUUGAGUCCCUGUCCUAGUCUCUCAAGCUGACAAAUCGUACAGAUAUUCUACAUGCUUAUGAGAGCUCUACAUAACGGAGCGACUCCAAACAGUCAACAAAAUGUUUGACAGUUGGCCAAAGUCAUCGCCAUAGCAACAGUGUUCCACGUUGCCAUUCUACCCUCCAAGGUGGAGAAGUCGGUGGGAACCAAGGACUUUGGCAUUGCUAAAGCUCUGGCCUCAAUACUCAAGCUAAUGCAGACAGUGGUCAUGGAAACAGGGUAUGGGCCAAUGGUGGGCCCCCCAGUCAGUGGUCUCCAAUCUGGGGAGCCAGAUAUUUUAGACAAUGGCAAACACGACCCCAAGAUCGGCUCACAGGAAUCGUUUACGGAAUUCCUGGCACGAAGUGCACCCCAAAGUAAUGGUCCCGUGUUACACAGGCGUGCGGAUAGACACUUCAGUAAACGCAUGCGCCGACGAUUAGUGUACAAAAAUGGGGAGGUAAACAUUACACAAACAAAUAUCAGAAAGAGAAGACGGCGUUUUCUGGCCGAUAUUUUUACGACAUUAGUGGACAUCAAAUGGAGAUAUAAUUUAUUAUUGUUUGCCAUGGCAUUUAUCCUAAGUUGGCUUAUAUUUGCAGUGAUAUGGUGGUUGAUAUGUUUUUCACAUGGUGACCUUGACCCUGACAACAUGAACAGUGAUAAGUGGGUGCCUUGUGUUAGGGAAAUGGGCUCAUUUACGUCAGCCCUUCUGUUCUCUAUAGAGACGCAACACACGAUUGGAUAUGGAUCUCGACACACGACAGAAGAGUGCCCGGAGGCCAUCAUUGUCAUGAUGAUUCAGUCGUGUUUUGGUGUGAUAUGUCAGGCUAUGAUGACCGGUAUAGUGUUUGCGAAACUCUCCAGACCUAAAAAGAGAGCAGAAACUCUCAUGUUCAGUAAAAAUGCGUGUAUUUGUAAACAGGAUGGAGAGAUGUGUUUAUUGUUCCGUGUGGGCGACAUGCGUAAGUCACACAUUGUUGAGGCACAUGUACGUGCAGUGGUGAUAAAAAAGAAGAUCACGAAGGAGGGUGAAAUUCUACCCCUGUAUCAGUACGAUGUGGACCUAGGCUAUGAGGAUGGGCAAGACCGACUCUUUUUGGUCUGGCCUGUCAUCAUAGUCCACAAAAUUGAUGAGGACAGUCCUUUCUGGGAAAUGUCUCCGGAGGAUCUUCACCGGGAACAGUUUGAGCUGAUAAUUAUCCUGGAAGGGAUUGUUGAGUCUACUGGUAUGACAACACAAGCCCGCAGCUCUUACCUUCCCGGAGAGAUCCUCUGGGGCCACAGAUUUGAACGUCUUGUCACAUUCCGCAAGGAGAACGGGCAAUAUCAGAUUGACUUCUCACGAUUCCACAAUACAAUGGCGGUGGAGACGCCGCAGUGUAGUGCCAAGGAGCUCUCCGAUUUGGGUGAAACAGUGCAGGAAAAUACAUACAUUGAGGAUGAUGAAAACACAUCGUUAGGGUCAACAAAACAGGAGAGGUUCCCCAGUCCUUACGUCAUCAAGCGACAUGGAGUCGCACAGACGGACUUCGAUGAUGACGAUCUAGAUUCACAAGACAGUUCAAUACCGAGUCGAAUAGCAGCAGAGGAAUCGGAGACACUCUUAUGACAAUAGGCCCAACACAUAGUACUAAGAUGACCAAGAACAUUUUCGUUUGAUGAACUCACAAUCUUCCACUUGAUCAGAAGGCUAUGUGUGACAACCAACCCCAGGAGGAUAUGCCAUGUUGGCUGGCUCUCUACUACCCCUAUCACAGACCACUAUCUACUCUGGGGGUUUACACGUGUGUGGGUGUACUCAACCAUGCAUUAUUUGUCUACUCUUUACAUUUACGAGUGUGUGCCUGCGUGUGUGUGACACAUGUGUGAUGACAUGCAUCAAAGUUUGAAAAUGUAUGUUUACAUGUAUUAUUUGAGAACAAAAGAUGGAGUUGUCGGGUGACUGCCUGGUUUUGAUUUCAGUACUGAAAGUUAAUUUAGAGAUCAGAAUAUUGGAUAUGAUGCUUUAAUUGUACUAUCAUAGAUUAUUUAUUCUACAUUUGUAAGAUUAUCAGGUUACAUUUGCUGAACAGUGGAUCUAGUUUACAUGAAUUAUUGACAGGAGAGAUAGUGUGGGAGUUGUAUAUAUAUAUAAACAGGUAAGAGUCCACAUCAGUUAGAAUAUGUACUCAAAAGAGCAAUAAGCAAAAUUUUAGAAGAUUAAACCGUGUAACAGUGAAAAAUGUUAUUCCUGAAAAGUCAGAUUUGGAUUUGAGACAUGUUUGAUAAUUGUAAACACUGCAAAACUUGACUGUCUUUGAUCAGAGUGAGUGAUGCAUGAUGGGUAAUGAUCGCUGUGUUGACCGUUGAAGUAGUCAUACCUGGUUACCAAUAUUAUAGUGGAGAAAUUAUGUAGUAAAAUGUCCUUACAUGUCUGCCAUCUUUGUACCUCGAGUCUUUCUGUUAACAGGUUGUAUAAAGCUGUGCCAUAUAUUUGUAUACCCUACUGUAGGAGCUGUCGAUCCUUAUGUAUCCAAUAGAUUUGUGUCACCUGACCAACACAACAUACCUGGAAACUCAACAUCAUCACAAGGACAUAUACAUAUCCUAAACACAAUUCUGAGAGUAUAUUGACGAGUUUAUUGACAAUUUUACAGUGGAACAAGAGUAGAGUGUUCAGAGAUUACUUUUAAGACUUUUUUGUUUGGAUUUUUUUUUUAAAUCAAAAGUUUUUUAUUUGAAUAAACUGAUUUACAUCUAUCUAACUUUUGCAUUGUGGCUGUAUUUGAAAAGGUUCUCCUGCAAAGAAAAUAAAUGCUCACUCAAAGGAUCCAUAUACAAAUUUACAUUGUAAUACUCUGAAUGAUCCAAAUAUUUCUGAAUCUCGGUUUACUUUAUUAUCUCCCCUGGUGAGAUUUGAUACUUCACAAGUUGAUAAAUGUUGUUCCCUAUUAUAUGCAUUUGAAGUCUGUUGAAACUCUUUUUAUGUUUUUUUAUUUAAUAUUACAUAGACUUAGUGCUCAUUCAAAGUAAAUUUCUCUAGGCAUGUCCACAGGUUUGGGGUAGAUAUUUUUAACAUGAAAAUAUUCAGCAAGGAUUUCAUUUAGCUGUUCAUUUGGAGGGAACAAUGUACAUUUUUACCUUUUAAUUUUCCCUUUAGUUUUUUCUUAAAGAGCCCUGAAAUAUGUAACAAAUACCUGUUAAAUGGCAUAACACAUAAUCUCAAAGAAACUGUCUUUAUAAUGAUGACUCCUGUGUAUAGACAGAGACGUAUAUACGGAAAUGUAUUACAGUAACAUAUACGUCUCUGGUAUAGGGAUGUUCGAUGAGUGCCCAUUUAUGUAAAUUCUCACAGCACAUCAUUAUGAAUGACUAUACAAAAACUAUACAAGCAAUAUCCUGUGAUUGAGUAAAAAAAAAAUCUUUCAAAUUCUCACUUAUCUUGCUAUGUAACUCUCUCGAAAACUGUCGACAUAUUUCUAGCACUUCAUCAACAUUGUCACUACGGUCAUGUCUGUGCUCUGGCACUUUCACGGUUCAGGCUAUGUCCUGCUCUCCCACCUCAGUCAUUCUCUUCCUCUUCUACUGUUUUAAGGGAACUGACUUGUUAGUUAGGUCUUGCUGGUCUCUUUUUCUGUGUCUUUUUUAAGGGGAGAGGUUUAGUAGCAGAACAAAGUUUUGUCAACAGUUCCCACUUUUGGGCUGUAAACUACAUGAACUCCUAGCUCCCAUCUUCUGUCUCCUUGGCUACAGAUAUAUUAUAAUACUGUUUUCCAUCGUUUUGUACACGGCUCAUCAAGUCUGAUGGCAUCAUUUAUAAUUUCUCCAUACUGUAUUUCGCCUGGCCUAUGUAUUCUUACCACGAGGUCUAAGCCGAGUCAAGAAUAGCAGGCCUAUGUUUGCUUUUACAACCAUAUUGUCAGACGUGUUAAAUUUAUUGUACCUAUUGUCCCUCCACAUAAAAACAAAUAUUUUAUUUGGGGCAAACAAUGAAUUGUUGUUUAAGCCAGAAACUCCAAAGAGGCUAUGACUGUAGGUGCUAGUGAUUUUUAAACAAAUACCAGUACAAUAGGCCAAGAUUUUUAAAUAUACAACAAAUUUCAUUUCAUUGUGAGAC